UCCUAUAAAACCCUCUUAAACAACUCCCUUCCUUUCCACCCACCCACCAAUCUCUCUCUCUCUCUCUCUCCGCCGUUCAUUUUAUUCGUUCCAGCCAUGGCACCGCCAUCUACAGCAGCCAUCAUCAACAGAACCGCCAGCGAUGGCGGCACGAUCAUACUCAACAAGUAUCAACUGACCCGCCUUUUGGGUCGUGGCAGUUUUGCCAAAGUCUAUCAUGGCCGUUCUCUCAUCGACGAUUCAUCCGUCGCCGUCAAGGUUAUUGAGAAACCCACCAUAGCAGAUCCGACCAUGGAGCCUCGACUUGUCCGUGAAGUCGCCGCCAUGCGCCGCUUGAACCAUCCCAACAUUCUUAAGCUCCAUGAAGUAUUGGCAACCAAAACCAAGAUCUAUCUCGUCAUGGAACUCGCCGCCGGUGGGGAGCUCUUCACCCAGCUCUCCCGCCGGGGACGGAUGAAGGAAGCCACCGCCCGGAGGUACUUUCAACAGAUCGUCUCCACCCUCAAUUUCUGCCAUCAAAACGGUGUCGCGCACCGGGAUCUCAAACCUCAGAACCUGUUGCUAGAUGAACAAGGAAACCUUAAAAUAUCUGAUUUUGGGCUGUCGGCGCUACCCGAGUCCCAAAAGGACGGUCUCCUUCAUACUGCAUGUGGAACUCCGGCAUACACCGCCCCGGAAAUUGUUCGCCGGAAAGGCUACGACGGAUCAAAAGCGGACGCCUGGUCAUGUGGAAUCAUCCUGUUCAUCUUCCUAGCCGGGUAUCUUCCUUUCGACGACAGUAAUUUAGCAAACAUGUACCGGAAAAUCCACCAACGAGAAUUCGUUUUCCCGGAUUGGAUCCCAAAACAACCCAGGGUCAUAAUUCAGAAGCUGCUUGAUCCAAAUCCAAAAACCAGAAUGAGCAUCGAGACGUUAAUGGGGCUGUCGUGGUUCAAAAAAUCACUGAGACCGGAACCUCUGGAGUUAUCCUCCGGUGAAUCGGAAACAAACGAAGAUAAUCUGAGUUCGAUCAAGUACAAGACGCAGAUGAAUGCGUUUGACAUCAUCUCCAUGUCAUCAGGGCUGAACUUAUCAGGUAUCUUCGAGGAGAAAAUCGUGAGAAAGGAGAGAAGAUUCACAUCAACGGCGACCGCGGAGGAGAUAGAGAAGAGGGUGGCAGAGGUGGGUGAGAGAUUGGGUUACAGAUCGAAGAAAAUGAAAGACAAAGAGAGUUGGAACAGGGAUAUGGUUGGGUUGGUGAAAGGAAGAGUGGUGGUGUUGGCAAAGGUGUUGGAGGUGGCGGUUGAGUUGUUGCUGGUGGAGAUGACGGUGGUGGGCGGCGGAGAUGGUUUCGAAUGGGAGGAAUUGAUGGUGGGGUUUCAAGAUCUUGUAGUGUCUUGGCACUGUUAGAGAUGGAGACUGAUUACUGAAACAAGUUGUACAUAUUUUCUACUAGUUUUUGUUUUUCUUAUGAAAUCAAAACACAAAAUUGCAGCUCCGAUUGUUGUUUGUAAACAAAUUAAUUGAGUGAUUAAUUGAAUUUCUUUUCCAAUUUUAUUCCU